CGUCGAAUCAUGCGCACCGGUCAGCACCACUAGGGUUCCUACCCGCCGCCAUUACUGCCAGCCCGCCCAGCCGACCGAACCCUCCGGUGCCCGUGCCCCACGGCCGGUACAGGUGCCCAGCAACGCGGCCGCCCGCAGCUACGCCGGCGACCAGUCCAUAGGCAGAUUUCCGCCCUUUGGCUGCAAGGGUCUUAAUGGAGGCGAGACUAGCAUUUCCCCAGGAGAGCCCGCCACUUUCCAUCAUUUCGGCUGCUAAGAUUGCAGGUGUUUCCAUAAUCAUUGAUCCAACCCUUGCCUCAGGUUCAGUGCCCACACUACACUUCAGUUCUGGGGAUUUUAUACAUGGCGUCAACACAAUUCUCCGGUACAUUGCACGUGCUGCAUCUGUUUCCAGCUUCUAUGGCCAGGAUGAUAUUCAGGCAGCACAUGUUGAUCAAUGGCUCGAGUACGCAUCAGUCAUUCUUUCAGGUUCUGAAUUUGAAGUUGCUUGCUCCUUUAUUGAUGGAUACUUGGCAACUCGAACCUUUUUGGUUGGUUAUGGUCUAUCAAUUGCUGACAUUGUUGUGUGGUCAAAUCUCACAGGAACUGGUCAACGAUGGGAAAGUCUAAGGAGGUCAAAGAAAUAUCAAAGCCUCGUACGCUGGUUUAACAGCGUAGCUGCAGACUAUGCAGACACACUGGAUGAAGUUACAUCUGCUUAUGUUGGCAAGCGAGGAAUUGGCAAAUCUCCUGCGCCAAGCUUGAAAGAAAAGAUGCCUGGUUUGAAGGAGAACGCGUCAGGUCAUGAAAUAGACCUCCCAGGUGCAAAAGUUGGGGAUGUUUGUGUUCGUUUUGCCCCAGAGCCUAGUGGGUAUCUCCACAUUGGUCAUGCAAAGGCUGCACUGUUGAACAAGUAUUUUGCAGAGAGAUAUAAAGGGCGUCUAAUAGUUCGAUUUGAUGACACAAAUCCUUCUAAAGAAAGCAAUGAAUUUGUUGAGAAUGUCCUGAAAGAUAUUGAGACACUUGGGGUUAAAUACGAUGUAGUUACAUACACAUCGGAUUAUUUCCCAAAGCUAAUGGAAAUGGCUGAAAGUUUGAUUAAGCAGGGAAAGGCAUAUAUUGAUGAUACACCCAAGGAGCAAAUGAGGAGUGAAAGGAUGGACGGUGUGGAAUCUAAAUGUAGGAACAGUACUGUUGAGGAGAACUUGUUGUUGUGGAAAGAGAUGGUUAAUGGCACCAAAAGGGGUACUCAGUGCUGCGUACGUGGUAAACUUGACAUGCAGGACCCAAACAAAUCACUUCGAGAUCCUGUGUACUACCGUUGCAACCCUGAUCCCCAUCAUCGUGUUGGGUCAAAAUACAAGGUCUAUCCAACAUAUGACUUUGCUUGCCCAUUUGUUGAUGCACUGGAAGGAGUCACUCAUGCUCUUCGUUCAAGCGAAUACCAUGAUCGGAAUGCACAGUACUAUCGCAUCCUUCAAGACAUGGGCCUGCGGAGGGUAGAAAUCUAUGAGUUCAGCAGGUUGAAUAUGGUUUAUACUGUACUUAGCAAGCGCAAGCUUCUGUGGUUUGUCCAAAACAAGAAGGUGGAGGACUGGACUGACCCACGCUUUCCCACUGUACAAGGCAUAGUACGUCGUGGCUUGAAGAUUGAAGCAUUGAUCCAAUUUAUACUGGAACAGGGUGCUUCAAAAAAUCUGAAUCUUAUGGAGUGGGAUAAACUCUGGACAAUCAACAAGAAGAUAGUUGAUCCAGUAUGUGGAAGGCAUACUGCUGUGCUGAAAGACAAAUGUGUGCUUUUGACACUCACUAAUGGUCCAGAGGAACCAUUUGUUCGAAUCUUACCAAGGCACAAGAAACACGAGGGUGCUGGGAAGAAGGCUACAACGUUCGCCAACAGAAUUUGGUUAGAGUAUGCUGAUGCAUCAGUCAUUAGCGUGGGUGAGGAAGUUACUUUGAUGGAUUGGGGAAAUGCUAUCAUUAGAGAAAUCAAGACAGAUAAUGGAACAGUUACUCAACUAGUUGGUGAACUCCAUCUUGAAGGGUCUGUGAAGAUGACAAAGCUGAAACUAACAUGGCUAUCAGAUAUUGAAGAUCUUGUGUCUCUCUCUUUGGUAGAUUUUGACUACCUAAUUAAUAAAAAGAAGCUGGAAGAAGAUGAGGACUUCCUUGACAAUCUCAAUCCAUGCACUCGACGAGAAGCUUUAGCUCUUGGGGACCCAAACAUGCGGAACGUCAAGAAAGGAGAAGUUAUACAGCUCGAAAGGAAAGGAUAUUACAGGUGUGAUGUUCCAUUUGUCCGGUCGUCCAAACCAAUUAUGCUUUUUGCCAUUCCAGAUGGCCGGCAGAAGUCCACGUCGAUUGUUACUGGAGCAUAGCUUACACAAACGACGUCGUUUAAACUGCGGUACUUCUUUGGGCAUUAAUGUUGCAGCCUUAUUGGUAUCAAACUGGCGUUGUAAUGACUGAAACUUGGAACUUCGGAUAUUGGUACUUCAGUGUCUUGGAUUCGGUUAGUCAGUAUCAAAUUAUGUAUUCCUUUUGCAUGUUUGAGUGUAUAUGCCAACUGCUACCAGGGCUGUGGAUUGUGGAACAAAUAUCACGAUAAGAAUUGGCUGAUCUUUUCCGUGUCUCUGGAUGCCUGAACAUUAAAGAAUAUUCUUGUUGAAA